AUGGCAGCCAUAAAACAAUCCGAUAUAGUGGUGGUCAUCGUCCCUUUUCCGGCACAAGGUCAUCUCAACCAGCUCCUCCACCUCUCCCGCCUCAUCGCCGCCUACAACAUCCCAAUCCACGUCAUCACCACCACCACUCACGCCCGCCAAGCCAAGACCCGCAUCCAUGGCGCCUGGGAUUCACUUUCAAUCGACACCAUCCACUUCCAUGACUAUCCAACUCCGCACUUCCCCUCGCCUCCACCUGACCCCACCACCGCCAUCAAAUUCCCCUCCCACCUCAUCCCAUCUUUCAAAUCCGCCAUGCAUCUCCGACAACCCUUUGUCGACCUGCUUUCGACCUUAUCGCCGGCGUCAAAACGAGUCGUCGUCAUUUACGACUAUCUCAUGGGACCAGUUGUUCAAGACGUUGGUUCUUAUCCUAACGCCGAGGCCUAUAUGUUCUCUUGCUGCUCCGCUUUUGCUUCUUUUUGGUAUCACCAGGAAGCCACCGGCCGGCCACCUCUCGACGGCGAACUCGAAUCGAUAAAGAAAGAACUCCCUUCUGAUGAAGAUUGUUACUCAACAGAUGGUUUACAGUUCAUUCUCUCCACAGAUGUUUCUUACAAGAAAUUUACAUCUGGUACGAUUCUCGAUGCUUGUAGGGUUAUCGAAGGGAAAUACAUCGAUCUACUCGAACAAGAAGAGAAUGAAGAUCACCAAAAGCUGUGGGCCCUUGGCCCAUUCAAUCCAGUUGCCAUAACUCACGAUUCAAGUCACAAACGACAUAAACUAUUCGAUUGGCUCGAGAAACAAAAACCCAACUCAGUUCUAUAUGUUUCGUUUGGGACGACUACUUCCAUCAGCAAUGAGCAAAUCCAAGAGAUCGCUUUGGGUUUAGAAAAAAGUGAACAAAGAUUCAUCUGGGUGUUGAGAGACGCUGAUAAAGGCGACAUCUUUGAUGAAGGGGAAGUUAGAAAGAUCGAACUUCCAAAAGGGUUCGUUGAGAAUGGGUUGGUGGUGGGGGACUGGGUACCACAGUCAGAGAUCUUGGCCCACCCGUCCACCGGAGGUUUUAUGAGCCACUGUGGGUGGAACUCGAGCAUGGAAAGCAUCACCAUGGGUGUGCCAAUGGCGGCAUGGCCGAUGCAUUCUGAUCAGCCACGAAAUGCUAUGCUUAUAACUAGAGUGUUGAAUACUGGAAUGUACGUCAGGGAUUGGACAGAAAGGAAGGAGUUGGUGAGUUCGAUGGUGGUUGAAGGGGUGGUUAGGAGAUUGAUGGCAUCUGAUGAAGGGGAGGAGAUGCGGAAAAGGGCGGCUGAGCUAGGUGAUAGGGUGCGGCGAUCGGUGGUGGAUGGUGGCGUUACGCGGAUGGAUUUGGAUGCAUUUGUCGCUCAUGUUACAAGAUAG